AUGGCAUUCGACUUUGGACUCGACGCGCUCCACCGCGGCCGAAACCAAUUCACCUUCUCCUUCCCUCGUCAGCCGAUCCCCGACCGACAGGACGACCUCAUGAUGGACUCGUUGUUCGACUUUACCCAGACCUCUGCUGCUGCCGCAUUGUCCGCCGCCUCGCUCGAACAGUUGUUAAACGGCCCCGUUCCAUUCAUCGACAUGACCUCCGAGGCCACCCAGAACCUUAUCCUCAACACCCAUAGCAACAACACUGCCACCCCUGAACCAGCUGUUGUCUUCAGCAACCCCCAUGCGCUCCGUCACCACCACCGCCACAACGUCCUCUACUCCAGCUUUGACGAGUUGGUCGAGAGCAACAAUAACCUUCUCAACAACCGCACCAACAGAAACAACAACGACAACAAGAAGUUCGACACCCGUCAAGAAUACUACUACCCUGGCCUGGAGCUCUCCUCUCCUUACGAACAGCAGCUCGAGAACCCCGACGACGACCUUCUCAACUUUGACUGUGGGUUCCUGGACUUUGGAGUCGAAAACGAUGUCCCCUUUGACGUCGAGGAGUACCAGAAGCUGUCCAUGUUUGUCGCUGCCCCCCCGUGCCCCAAGCCCGAGUAUACAGCUAUCCCCUCAGAAGUGCCUCUCUUCCCUGUAUCUGUACAAGACGAACCCGUCGAGAAUGCAUCAGUGGGCAUGGACGUUGAUGAGUCAAGCGACGACGAGAACGAUGAUGAUGACGACGAGUGCGAUGGUGACAGCGACUGUGACAAUGAUGGCGACAACGAGGUCGUCGUCGCCCCCAUUAUUGUCCCCAUGAUCUCCUCUACCCCAAUCCAGCUGCUUCCUACUCCUUCACUCUCUUCUUCCCCUUCUUCCUCUUUCUCCACAUCUCCACCACCACCCCCAUCGCCCGCUUCCCAAUCCUCCAGAAGCCCCCGCUCCCGUGCCAAGAAGGGCGAGAAGCGCGUCCACGCCUGCCCAGAAUGCCAGCGCGAAUUCACCCGCGCCUGCAACCUCCAGUCCCACAUCCUGACCCACUCAAACCUCAAACCCCAUGCUUGCUCCCAGUGCGACAAGACCUUUGCUCGCGUGUAUGACAUGCAGCGCCACAAACGGAUCCAUAGCAACAAGCUUGAGGAUAAGCCCUAUCCUUGCCUUGACCCUAGCUGCUCCCUGAGGUUCAAGAGGACUGAACCCAGGAACAGACAUUGUCAGUCUGUUCAUGGAUGGGUUGGCAAGUAG